AUGCACUACGCCACCCUCACCACUUUGGUGCUGGCUCUGACCACCAACGUCGCUGCACAGCAAGGCACAGCAACUGUCGACCUCUCCAAAAAUCAUGGACCGGCGAAGGCCCUUGGUUCAGGCUUCAUCUACGGCUGGCCUGACAACGGAACAAGCGUCGACACCUCCAUACCGGAUUUCUUGGUAACUGACAUCAAAUUCAACUCAAACCGCGGCGGUGGCGCCCAAAUCCCAUCGCUGGGUUGGGCCAGAGGUGGCUAUGAAGGAUACCUCGGCCGCUUCAACUCAACCUUAUCUAACUAUCGCACCACGCGUAAGUAUAACGCUGACUUUAUCUUGUUGCCUCAUGACCUCUGGGGUGCGGAUGGCGGGCAGGGUUCAAACUCCCCGUUUCCUGGCGACAAUGGCAAUUGGACUGAGAUGGAGUUAUUCUGGAAUCAGCUUGUGUCUGACUUGAAGGCUCAUAAUAUGCUGGAAGGUCUUGUGAUUGAUGUUUGGAACGAGCCUGAUAUUGAUAUCUUUUGGGAUCGCUCGUGGUCGCAGUUUCUUGAGUAUUACAAUCGUGCGACCAAACUCCUUCGUGAGCUGACUGGUCGAAUUAGAAAAACACUUCCCAAAACUCUUCUCAGUGGCCCAGCCAUGGCACAUUCUCCCAUUUUGUCCGAUGAUAAAUGGCAUACCUGGCUUCAAUCAGUAGCGGGUAACAAGACAGUCCCUGAUAUUUACUCCUGGCAUCAGAUUGGCGCUUGGGAACGUGAGCCGGAUAGCACCAUCCCCGACUUUACCACCUUGCGGGCGCAAUAUGGCGUUCCCGAAAAGCCCAUUGACGUCAAUGAGUACGCUGCACGCGAUGAGCAGAAUCCAGCCAACUCCGUCUACUACCUCUCUCAACUAGAGCGUCAUAACCUCAGAGGUCUUCGCGCAAACUGGGGUAGCGGAUCUGACCUGCACAACUGGAUGGGCAACUUGAUUUACAGCACUACCGGUACCUCGGAGGGGACUUACUACCCUAAUGGUGAAUGGCAGUCUUACAAGUACUAUGCGGCCAUGGCAGGGCAGAGACUUGUGACCAAAGCAUCGUCGGACUUGAAGUUUGAUGUCUUUGCCACUAAGCAAGACCGUAAGAUUAAGAUUCUAGCCGGCACGAGGACCGUUCAAGCAAAGUAUAACAUCAAAAUCAGCGGUUUGGAAGUAGUAGGACUUCCUAAGAAGGGUACGGUAAAAGUCCGGACUUAUCGGUUCGACUGGGCUGGGCCGAAUGGAAAGGUUGACGGACCUGUUGAUUUGGGGGAGAAGAAGUAUACUUAUUCGGCCAAUACGGUGAGCAGCCCCUCUACUUGA